AUGGCGUCCCCCCUGGAAGAGCUGGGGCGCCAGGUGUCGCUGCUGCAGCGUGGCAGCCCUCAAGAGGUCAAAGACGCCUCGGCGCGGCUGUCCCAAUUCCAGCGAAGUCGCCAUGCCUUGACCCUCAGUGUGGCGCUGCUCCGAGCAGCCCAGGGAUCUGGGGAAGCCUUCGCAUCGUUUUUCGCUGCGCAGAGCCUCGCGGCCAGGGCCCGGCUCUGUGCCGAAGAGGACUCGGAGAUCUGGCCACAGGUCGCUCCAGAACUUCUAGAGGUUCUGAGUUCUGGGAGUUGUGGGAAGCCGGCUUUGCGACAGCUAUGCGUGGCUUUGUCCAGAAGCUUCGUGGCAAUGUGCGACACUUGGCCUAACGCUCUUCCCGCUGCCAUGACCCAGCUUGGUGACAAGGGCGACUUGCUUCCCUUGCUGGAGUUCCUGCAGGCGCUUGCAGAAGAGCCCUUCAGCCGACGUCUUCUGGUGGAUGGGUCGCGGAGAAGCCGCUUUCUGCUGGCUCUCCGCGAUCGACAGCCAGUGAUUUUAGCGGCACUCGUUGAGGCAGUCCGGCGCUCGGCGAAUGAGGCCACGCUGUCCGCUGCAGCAGCAUGGCUGCGGGCGCAAAGCCUAUACGAGGAGUGGCUGCCGAUGAUUGGCAUUGAUGCGCCUGGAAGAGGAGUUCACUCGGCGCUUACCACGCUGAGCCCGAUCUUUCAGGGCGAGGUUCUACGUGUUGCCAAGCUGGAGUUCGGGCUCCCCGCGCUGGAGGCCUGCGCAGCCCUCGUUGCCGCAGCACUGCCUCUUGUCGGCUCUGCCUUCGUGCCUGAGACGGACCCUAGACGCCUGCCUGACAGGAUCCUUGGGCCCCUUCUCGCUUCCCUGGGAGAGCUUUGCCGUGGCCUGCCGAGCGUGCCUCACGCUGGAGUUCAGACAACUGAUGCAGCGGACGUUGCCGGGGUGCUCUUGACGGUGCUCCACUCUGCUUUCUCCUUGCCUCUGACGCUGUGUUCGGAAUCCCUCCUUCGAGUGCUCACCGAAAUGGGUGUGAGGCUGCUUGUGGUCACGGGCCCCAGAGGAGGAGUCGAGGUGGAUGUGGAAGGAGGUCUACUGGGGAGAGCCUUCGAUGCUUGGGAGGUAUUGGCCAAUGGGUUGCGGUCUGAGCCGUCGUCUGCCGCAUUGGAUCUUGCUGCUGCCACGGCUUAUGCUCAGCUCCUCUAUGCACUACCAGUGGCUCUGAAGCUUCCAUUGAACCUGCCUGCCGACCAGGGGCCAAAGGCUGCUACUUGGGGCGUGCGCGGGCGGAUUGCGCAGGUGCUGACGGUGUGGUGUUCAGGUGCUCCUCAACGACAAGGAGAGGCCGUCGCGAAGCUGCGUGAGCUCCAGGUCCAAUCUGGCUCUGCGCUUGACGCGGCUGGGCUCGCUGACCUGGAAAUGGUCCUCACCUUUGGAUCGGCUGUUGCAGAGAUGUGUGCGAGCACUGCAGAGAUGGAGAGCGAGCUGCCCGUACCUCGCAGGUCGGAUUGGAUGUAG